CUGCGGCCACUGGAGCCGGCUGCUGCUGCGCCUGGGGAGUAGGAGGGUGCAGGGCCGCCGCCACCUGCUGUACCGCGCGAAUUGCGGGAUCUUAGUUCCUCGACCAGGGGACCAGGGAUUGAACCCUGGUCCGGAAAAACCCUGUUGGAGGCUAUGCGUCUAGUGAACAAAGGAGAAGGGACAGCGGUGAGCAUGUCAGCCCUGAACUGGAAGCCCUUCGUGUACGGAGGCCUGGCCCUCAUCACAGCGGAGUGUGGUACUUUUCCAAUUGAUUUAACCAAGACACGGCUCCAGAUUCAAGGCCAGAAGAAUGAUGCAAACUUUAAAGAAAUCAGGUAUCGAGGAAUGUUGCAUGCGUUAGUGAGGAUAGGCAGAGAGGAAGGCCUGAAAGCACUGUGUUCAGGGAUUGCUCCUGCGAUGUCGCGCCAGGCUUCCUACGGCACCAUCAAGAUAGGCGUCUACCAGAGUUUGAAGCGGUUAUUUGUCGAGUGCCCGGAAGAUGAAACCCUUCUGAUAAAUAUCGUCUGUGGAAUUCUCUCUGGAGUGAUAUCCUCAACCAUUGCUAAUCCAACUGAUGUUUUGAAAAUUCGGAUGCAAGCACAAAAUAGCACCCUUCAAGGAGGAAUGAUAGGCAACUUCAUUCACAUUUACCAGCAAGAGGGAACGAGAGGACUUUGGAAGGGCGUGUCCCUUACUGCUGAGAGGGCCGCUAUUGUUGUUGGUGUGGAGCUGCCCGUCUACGACCUCACCAAGAAGCAUCUCAUUCUCUCGGACUUGAUGGGAGACACUGUGUAUACCCAUUUCCUCUCAGGCUUCACCUGUGGGCUGGCGGGGGCCCUGGCCUCAAACCCUGUCGAUGUGGUGAGAACAAGUAUGAUGAAUCAGAGUCCUUUGAGAUGGCAGAUCCCUGGCUACACAGGUUUCCUGGAUUGUUUGUUACAGACAUGGAAGAAUGAAGGGUUUUUUGCUCUAUAUAAAGGGUUUUGGCCAAAUUGGUUGAGACUUGGUCCUUGGAAUAUUAUUUUCUUUGUGACAUAUGAGCAGUUGAAGGAAUUGGACAAGUCAAGACUGCAUGAGACAUCCCGCUGAAACUGCUCACGUCUGAAAUAGCGAAGCUUCCUGUCUUUCCCACUGCUUCUCACUGCUUGGCCCGCCACAGAUUCUGAGGUGUGAGCAACAGGUGAAGCCUGGGUUAGCUCGGAUUGCUGUGUCCUGGCAUCGGACGCUCUGCACCAGAUGUUUAAUGGCAUAGACUGUAACAUCCAAACACUAGUCCUUGCCAUUCAAGUGCCCUUCGACAUCAAAGAUAACAUGAAAUGCAUGUUUCUUGCUAAAGAAAACUUGCAUGAAGAUCAGAAA